AUGCAGUAUUCCCAUCACUGUGAGCACCUUCUAGAGAGACUGAACAAGCAGCGAGAAGCCGGCUUUCUUUGUGACUGCACUGUUGUCAUUGGUGAAUUCCAGUUCAAAGCACACAGAAAUGUGCUGGCCUCUUUCAGCGAGUACUUCGGUGCAUUUUACAGAGAUGCGUCUGACAAUAAUGUUGUUUUGGAUCAGACUCAAGUGAAAGCUGAUGGAUUCCAAAAGCUCCUGGAAUUUAUUUAUACGGGAAACUUAAACCUUGACAGCUGGAAUGUUAAAGAGAUUCACCAGGCUGCCGACUAUCUCAAAGUAGAAGAAGUGGUCACUAAAUGCAAAAUCAAGAUGGAAGACUUUGCUUUUAUUGCUAAUCCAUCUUCUACAGAGACAUCUAGUAUCACUGGAAACGUUGAAAUCAAUCAGCAGACUUGCCUUCUGACUCUCCGAGAUUACAAUAACCAGGAGAAAGCAGAUGCUGCUUCUGCAGAGUUGGUUCAACCACAGGCAAAGAAAGCAACUUUAGAAAAGAAAUCUCCUCAAACCAAAAAGCGAAAGAAGAAUUUCAGCCCUCCCAAAAGCAUACAGAAUAAAUCUGUACAAUAUCAGAAUGAUGUGACCGAGAACACAUCCAUUGAAAUGUUCUUAGAUGCAAAUAAGCUGGCCACCCAGAUAACCGAACAGGCUGCCCAAGGCAGCGAUAACGCUGAACUACAGCUGGCAGCUGUGGUGGAAAGUGAAACCCUGGCAGCGCAGGAUAUCCUAGUUCAAACUAUUGCAGCAAAACAGAAACGGGGGAAGCCUCAGCAAAGCUGCGCGCUGAAGGAGCACUGUAUGUCUAACAUAGCCAGUGACAAGAACGCUUACCAGCUUGAGAGUUCAGGGGAAGAACUGGACCAGAAGUACUCCAAAGCUAAGCCAGUAUGCAACACGUGUGGAAAAGUCUUUUCAGAAGCCAGUAGCCUCCGUCGACACAUGAGGAUACACAAAGGAGUGAAACCAUACGUGUGUCAGCUUUGUGGAAAGGCAUUCACCCAAUGCAAUCAGCUGAAAACACAUGUAAGAACUCACACAGGGGAGAAGCCAUACAAAUGCGAACUGUGCGACAAAGGCUUCGCUCAGAAGUGCCAGUUGGUGUUUCACAGUCGGAUGCAUCAUGGAGAAGAAAAACCAUACAAAUGCGAUGUCUGCAAUCUGCAGUUCGCAACUUCAAGCAAUCUGAAGAUUCAUGCCAGGAAGCACAGCGGCGAGAAGCCCUACGUGUGUGACCGGUGUGGUCAGCGGUUUGCUCAGGCCAGCACACUCACCUACCAUGUGCGUCGCCACACGGGGGAGAAACCUUAUGUUUGUGACAGUUGUGGAAAAGCCUUUGCGGUCUCAAGUUCUCUCAUCACCCAUUCCCGAAAACAUACAGGAGAGAAGCCAUAUAUCUGUGGCAUUUGUGAAAAGAGUUUUAUUUCCUCUGGAGAGCUCAAUAAACAUUUUCGGUCCCAUACAGGUGAAAGACCAUUUAUCUGUGAAAUGUGUGGAAAUUCUUACACAGAUAUAAAAAAUCUUAAGAAGCACAAAACGAAAGUUCACACAGGAUCUGAAACUCCUCCUGAUUCUAAUGCACUUGAUAAUUCUUUCAAUGAACAAGAAUCUAUUCAGAGUCAAAAAAGUCCUUUAUCAGAGUCCAUAGAUGUGAAACCCUCUGAGAUGUCUUUAGCACUUCCUCUUCCCAUUGGGACUGAAGACCAUCAGAUGCUGCUUCCCGUGACGGGUAGUCAGUCUCCUUCAUCAGAAACGUUACUAAGGUCUGCUGUGACUGGAUAUUCAGAACCUCAGUUUAUUUUCUUGCAGCAGUUAUACUGACAGUGCAGUACAGAGCCACCAAGGUAAUUUGGUAGUGAACCCGCAUACCUUUGGUAAAUGAGCAUAAGCAAGCAGUCACACUUUGUUUGAAUUGGACUUGUUCUUUUUUUUCAUCUGUGUAAAGACACUCGUAAGGCAUUUCCAUUGUGCAGUGCUGUCUUGGUUUUUGUUGAAUUGUGUUAAUCUACAAUCAAAUUUCUAUUUGCAGUUAACACUGAUCUCCAGGAACACCUGCCUUAAGAAUUCUCUGUUAAAUAUGUUAAUGU